AUGGAGCGGGCGGAAGAAGUGAGAAAUCUCCUCAAUCCCGUCCAGGAGCGAAUUCUGCAGUAUAUCGAAGCUGCCGAUCGAGGUUCCAGGCGACCUGCGCAGGAAAAUGGCUCACGACACACAGAUAAUCCCUGCUUCGCGGACCUAGUUGCCCCAAAGAAACCGCAUGAACUGCAGGAUAUUCUGCAGCUCGACUUUCCGAAUGGCGGCCAGGGAGUCGACGGACUACUUCAGAUUCUGGAUAAGAUCUUCAAAUAUUCUGUGAAUACCUGGCAUCAGGGCUUCAUGGACAAGCUGUAUUCAUCGCCGAACGCACCAGGGCUCGCUGCGGAGCUAAUAAUUGCUUCUUUGAAUACAAACGUCCAUGUGUACCAGGUAGCGCCGGUGCUUACCAUUAUCGAAAAGAAUACUGCUGCACAGUUAGCUUCUCUUUUUGGUCUUACUGGGCCAUAUGCAGGGGGUAUAUCGGUGCCAGGAGGCUCAGCGUCCAACACAACCGCCAUUGUCAUUGCGCGAAACACUCUGUUCCCAGAAACCAAGGUCGACGGCACGGCUGGCCACCACUUUGUUCUUUUCACCAGUGGCCACGGGCACUAUAGUAUCGAAAAAGCUGCGCAAAUGAUCGGCUUGGGAAGUAGUUCCGUGUGGGCCGUUCCUGUAGAUGAACAAGGCCGCAUGGUUCCGGAGGCACUCGAUGAACGCAUUACAGAAGCGAAGAGCCAAGGGAAGACGCCAUUCUUUGUAAACGCUACUGCUGGUACGACCGUGUACGGUGCCUUUGAUCCUCUUCCGGAAAUUUCAGAGAUCUGCCGCAAGCACAACCUAUGGUUCCAUGUGGACGCUUCGUGGGGCGGCUCUUUCAUAUUUUCUUCCAAGCAAAAGGGUAAGCUUAUGGGUUCUCAUCUGGCAGAUAGCAUUGCCUACAACCCACACAAAAUGCUGUGCGUCCCGAUAACCUGCUCGUUCCUUUUGGCAUCUGAUCUCCGCAAGUUCCACCGCGCGAAUACUCUCCCAGCCGGAUAUUUAUUCCAUAACGACGAGUAUACGACAAGCGGAAAUGUUUGGGAUCUGGGGGAUUUGACUUUGCAGUGUGGUCGUCGGGCUGAUGCUCUUAAAUUGUACCUUAGUUGGAAAUAUUUUGGGUCCGAAGGUUAUGAGCGACAAAUUGAUGGUGCCUGUGACCUUGCUGCAUAUCUAUCCACUGCCGUCAGUAAAUCCCCCAGUCUCAUGCUGAUCACGGAAAAUCCGCCCCCAUGCCUUCAAGUUUGCUUCUAUUACGCACCACUUGGUCAAAUGUCAUAUCCUCCAGAGCGAGAAAUCAAUGGCAAAAGGCUAAGUGAUGAAGAGCGUGUCACCCGAAACAGCAAAGUGACUGAAGAUAUUGUUCAAGGACUGGUUCAACAAGGAUUCAUGGUUGACUAUGCUCCUCCAUGUGCCGGUGAUAAAAUAGUCGGCGAAGGCCAGUUCCUCCGCUGCGUUGUCAAUGUUCGUACAACAAAGGAAACGCUAGAUGCCCUUGUUAAGACCGUUGUCAAACUCGGGUCUGGUAUUCUCAAGCAGCAAUUAGGGCUAGUCCUCAAUGCACCAAAGUCAGUGGAACCGUCAGACGUGAGCCCGGAGAUCCGUUCAAAAAAUCCCGCGGAAAUGGGACAUGGACCCGUUGUGUUUUAG